AGCUCGCGAGAUUUUGCUGGUUCCGCAUUUCGGGUCUGCGAGGUGGGGGAGGCGGGCACAGCGGGCGUCAGGGUGUGCACGGCCUGGUAGCGGCUGCAUCUCCAGCUCGGAACGGCGGCGGCUCGGCUUCCGCUGUCAGCGAGCUGAGGACCGUACGCUCCCUCUCGCCGGCUCCGAAUCCUGACGGGGGUGGGGGCCAGCGGCCCCUCCCCUCCCCUCUGAAGACCGAAGAUGAGCUUCCUCUUCAGCAGCCGCUCUUCUAAAACAUUCAAACCAAAGAAGAAUAUCCCUGAAGGAUCUCAUCAGUAUGAACUCUUAAAACAUGCAGAAGCAACUCUAGGGAGUGGGAAUCUGAGACAAGCUGUUAUGUUGCCAGAAGGAGAGGACCUCAACGAAUGGAUUGCUGUUAACAUCUCCAGAUAUGAAUAUCAUUGGGCAGAUGGUACUAAUAUUAAAAAGCCAAUCAAAUGUUCUGCUCCAAAAUACAUUGACUAUUUGAUGACUUGGGUUCAGGAUCAGCUUGAUGAUGAAACUCUUUUUCCUUCUAAGAUUGGUGAGUUAAUGUUGUAG